UUUAAAUAUGAGCCAACCCCGGUAUGACAUGAGCAGCAAGGCUCUGUCAGUCCCAAAAUUAUCCAGUGCGAUGAGGAAGAUUCCAAAAGGACCGAACAAAAAAAGUAUGAUGAAAAGAAGCGGAACCCGCAAAACAAUUACAAACAAAGCAAGCAAUCUAGACUCAGCUACUAAGCUUACAGUUCAUAGCUCUCGCAACUGUAGCAGCAAGAGAUUUAGGACUAUUAGUUCCAAGAAGAAAUCUAAGAAGAGAUGCCGAGGAGGGAGCGACUACAAAACUCAAAAGAGAGAGAUGAUGAAAUCUAUACAAAACUCAGACAGCUUCGCUCUCAAUGGAAGCUGUUCAAGCAAAACUAAGACAAAUUAUUCAAAAAUCGAUAAUGACUCUUUCAAAAAUAACUCUGCUGAGUUGAUAAAUGCUCAUGGGAUUCCUAUGCACAAUCUAAGAGAGCUAAGUUUGACUGAUAAUGGCUCUUUGAACAAUGUUAGCAGGGAUGUCAGAGUUCUUGAUACAUCCAAAGAUAUCAGCAUCAACGAUUGUAUCAAAUUUUCAGAUCCAAAUUUAUCUUCAAUUGAGCAACCUAAUACUUUGAACAUUCAGAAUCAAGCAAAUAUGUUCAGGAAUGCCCAUAUGAUUGGCUCUAGUCAACAAGUCAGGGAUACUUUAGAGAAAGUUAAUAAUACUUAUACAUAUGAUAGCAAUCAGAGUUUGGGAGUCUGCUCUUCCGGAACUGCACAAAACCCAAUUAGGAUAGAAGAUAUCCCCAGCUCUGGCGGAAAAUUAAACAACACAGGGAAAUUUGCUAUGAUCAACCCCUUAAUGGAAGAAGCAGAGCUCAAGCUAGGCAGGCCUCUCUUAGAUGAUGCCAAAAAUGUGCUUAAUGCCUUUAAUAAAACAAUGGGCUCCAUAAAUGAUCUGCUUUGAUCACGAUGGGAAGACUUGCGCCAAAAGUUCAUAAGCACUUGUAAUAAUUUCCAGACAGACGAAAUCAUCAACAUUAUGCUUGAUGAUACAGAAUCACAAAAGUACGUUGCACAAAGGAUGGAGGAGAUUCUUUCAGAAGAUUGGGCUGCUGAGCGAGAAGCGACCAUAAACCAGCUCACGAAACAAAUAGGCAUGCUUGAGAUGAAGAACAACUUAUUUUCCUCACAAUUUGAUCCUAAGAAUUGAUCUAUAUCUGAGGCUAACAAGAUGAAAGUACUUCAAGAUUUGCUAGAUAGCAAGCACAGUGAGGUAAAUUCUCUUCAGAAGAACCUGAGCAUUAAAAACAAAGAGAUAUCCAUGCUCAGGGCAUACCAAGAAGGCAGAUCCAAGAAGGCAGGAAGCACUCAAGAGUCUCUAAACCUAGAGUACAAAAGGAUGUACGAAAGUGUUAUAGCUGAAAAAGAACAGCUCCAGAAUCUUGUAACAAGUCUACAGAAAGAAGUUGGCCAGAGAGAACAUUCCCUACAAAGAUUUGAGCAACGUGAAAAAGAAUUGAGAGAGAGUAUCAGCAAGCUUGAGUCUAAAGUUAAUGAGCUGACUAAAACUAAUGUAACUCCUAUAAACUCUGAAAGUGCAAUCCAAAUGUUCCAUAAAAGAAUUAGACAACUUGAAGAAGAUAGAGACAACAAUUCUGAUGAAGAAAAAGAACUUGCUAGGACUAAAAACAAAGAAGAAACAGAAAAUUACAUCAAAAAGCUUAAAAAUACUCUAAAAAUCUACAAAUCUCGCAGUAAAGACUUUGAAAAACGAAGCAUCGAACUUGAGUGCAUAAACAUCGCUCUCCAAAAAGAGCUCUCUUCUGCCCAAGCCUCCGCUCAGAAAGUCCAGUCACUUGAGUCCCAAUUGUCCGAGCUGCAGCAGUCUCAUCUGCUUCAGACAGAGCAAUUUAAGCAAUCGACUAAAGACCUUCUCCGUAAAAAGAAGCAGAAGUACAUAACCAAAAUCAAAAACCUCGAACAAAAGUUCAUAGAUCUCUGUGAAGCCCAGAUGAGUUCCAUUCAAGAAAAUCUUAAGAACAAAACUGAGCACGAGCUGGGGUCAGAACUUAUGAAGAAAGAACUUGAGCUUCAAAGCUUACAACAAAGAGUCGAUGAAGAGUACAUAUUAGUGACAGAGCAUGAAGAAAUAGUCAAUGACCUUUUUGAGAAAGAGAAAGAUAAGCGCCAAACAGAGAUAGAACAACUUUGUGAUAAUUUUGAGAAGGAGUUCAUUCAAGCUCAAGAAGUCACUGAAGAAGAAAGGAUUAAGCCACUUGAGCAACAAGUCAAAGAAGAAAGAGAGCACAGAGACUGACUGGAUAAAAGGGUUCUACAGUUAGAAACAGAACUAGCUGUUUGAAAAGAGAAUUUAAAUGAUGUCAAAGCUGAAAAUUCCAGAUGAGCAGGCGACCUUUCAAAGGCAUACCAAGCUAAUUCAGUAGAGAUUUCAAAUUAUGAAGCUGACAUUAGUAAAUUACAUCAUAAAUUGACUGACAAAGAGAAGGAAUUGCAUAAACUUGAGAUGAAAGUUGAGAAAUAUCAGACUGCUACUACUGAAACUGAGAAAUCUACCAGGAAUAAGAUCCUAUUACUCGAAAAUACAGUUUCCUCAAUGAAGUCGAAGCAUAAGCAAGCAGAGGAAUCUUUGCUUACAAAGAACACUGAUUUAACUCAACAAGUUCUUGCUUUGAAGGAUGAAUUAUCAAAUUACGAAAGAGAGCUUGACAAAAAUAGAGCUGAAUUUGAUACUCUUAUUGAAAAAUAUGAAGACCUAAGCACCUCCCAUCAAUGCUUAGCCAAAGAAAAUAAUGAUGCUGAGGAGUACAUAACUUCCUUAAAAUCCCAGCUCCAAAAAUUUAAGACAAACAGAAGGAACCUAGCCAAGGAUAUUAAGCAAGCAGUUGGUGUAAAAUGUACCCAAAUGAGGGAAGAACUAACUUUCUUAAAGAAGCUUGUGUCUGAAGAGAUUAAAUUCAUGUACAAAUAUGCUGACGGAAACUACAAUGAUGUCUGUAACGAGGUCAAGAAGAUGAUCAACCACAACCAAGAAGUCUAUCUCAACAACACUAAGACCAUCGAGCUUACUAAAGAGAAGCAAUAUCAAUCCGAAAUUCAGCAGAUGAAGCAAGAUUUUGUAGAGAAACUUCAUGAACUCAAUGAUAAAUGUGAUGAAGCCCAGGUCAAAGAGAUCACUCUGAAGAAGUCUCUUGAUGAACAGAAAGCUGAUAAUACAGAGCUGGCUAACCAAGUUGAAGACCUUAAGUCAAUAGUCUCAAUUAAAGAGCUCAGUAUGGAGAAACUUAAAGCUAAAAUGAAGACCUGUGAAGAUAUCCUGGAGAGAUACUUUGCAAGCAUUCCUCUUGAGAAUACCUCUCUUGAAGACUUCUCCAAUUUUGAUCUGAGUGUUAAGCUUACUAAGCUGAAUGAUAUGACGAAGCAGCUUAUAGAGAAGCAUAAACAAGAGAUGGAUACUCUGAAUCACCAAAACCUCGACCAGCUUGAGUCAACAAAGCAGUCAUAUGAACAGAGGAUUGAGUCUUUAUACAUCGAAUCAGAGACAAAAGACACCCAAAUCUCUGAUUUGAAAGACACGAAUCUUGACUUAUCCCAAUCAUUAGCCCAUUUAGAGGAGCAGAUGUCAUCAGCUUACGACCAAAUUUCCAAAAUUCUACUGAGUCACAACAUAGGGCCGAACUCUGAAGAGAGAAUAGAUGAUAAGAUUUACUCUCUAAGUCUUAUUAUAAUCGAGAAAGAGCAGGCCCUCCAAAAAUACAAAGAGAUGAACUCCCAGAAGGAAGAGGAAAUCACAAAGCUUACACAGAGAAGUCAGAAGAUCAUCCAGGAAAGCCUCCGCAGGGAAGAGAUUAUCAAAGAAAAUACACAGAAAGUACUCCAGGAAAGCAACAAUUUGUUGAUGAAUAAGAGACAAAUGAACGACGAAAACACAAAAUCCCUCCAGAGGCUGCUGAAUAAGCUCGAAAUUAAGCAGAAUGAAAGGUCCUUGGAGAGGUCAAGUUUUGAUAGAAGGGAUAGAAUGUCCCCAAUAAGAAGUAAAGCAAGUAUGGAACUAAUAGAUGAAAUCAAAAAGGCUGUCACCCCAAAUCUUCCAAGGGGGAAGUCUAUUCUCCAAGAUAGCCCUGGAUUCGGUUCCUUCCCACCGCCUCCAAUCACCGGUAAGGAGAAUAUAUCCAAAAUGAACCUGAGUGAGCUAAAUUCUGAGAAAUAAUUCAACUGA